AUGGAGCAGUUCGAAUCACUGCUGACGUGCUGCGUGUGUCUGGACAGGUACCGAAAUCCAAAACUCCUGCCAUGCCAGCACAGCUUCUGUAUGGAGCCGUGUAUGGACGGCCUCGUGGAUUACGUCAGACGGCAGGUAAAAUGUCCAGAAUGCCGCGCGGAACACCGAAUACCCUAUCAAGGAGUACAAGGGUUCCCCACGAAUGUCACAUUGCAGCGGUUCCUGGAGCUGCACGCCCAGAUUGCUGGAGAACUUCCCGAUCCUACAGCUGGGCAGGUUAUGGAGAGGUGCAACGUAUGCUCAGAAAAGGCCUACUGCGCGCCCUGCGCCCAUUGCGAGAAGAAGGUCUGCGAAGAUUGCAAAUCCGCUCACAUGGAGGUCCUGCGCAGGGAAAUCACCAGGAUAAACAACCAAAUACGACGCGGCGUAAAUAGACUACAGGAUAUUCUCGUUAUAGUUGAACGAAACACAUCGAACCUUCAGACAAACUGCGGAGCAGUUGCUGGUGAGGUCGAUGAGAUACACAAGAGACUGUCAAAAGCGCUGAAAGAUCGAACGGACUUCUUACGAAACGAGAUAGACCGAUAUCUGGCGACGGAACUCAGAAACUUGACGCACCUCAAAGAUAACUUAGAACUGGAGUUGAGCAACAUACAGAGUAACUGCGACCUGGCAGACAAGUAUAUGAACGACGACGUCGAAUGGGAGGACACAGAGUUAGUGGAUACAAAAGAGAUAUUCUUGAAGACGGUUGAGUUUCUGAGGAACUUCGACUACGAGGGCGGCGAUUACAACCGUCGGAUACGAUUCAUCAUGACUCAUGAUCCUAAUCAGCUUGUUAUGCACGUCGCUAGCUAUGGUGAACUCAACAUCAGUAAUCCAGCGCAUUCUAGCAGCUAUGCGACCAGCUUACAGCCAUCACAAGGCUUGACUAGGUCCAAGAGCGAUCAUAGAUUAGCUACACAAUUCCGUCAACAAGAAGAAACUAAGAGUUACUACGACAACGAUGAGCCUAUUCUUGGGGGGCGUAAGUUUGGUGAGCGUCGCCCGCCUCCCCCUGAGAGACAUACGAGGGACUACGGCGUCACUGAUGAUUACAGCGGUUAUGAGUCAGAACACCGUCCGUCUCGUCGUUUCCGAUCGCGUUUCGUCAGGAGUCAUCAACAAGAUAACGACUCAGACACGGAGCAAGCCACACGCAGUGUCAAGUCUGAGCAUAAAGAAAAAGAGAAAGAAAAAGUAACAGACACCGAAGAUGUGACACGUGGACCGCUCAGCGUCCAGCCCACACAUCAACCGCCAAGACGGCCACCACCCGCACGACAGCAAAGCGAAGAUGACGAAAUAACCCGGCUCAAGAGACAAAAUAAAGGUGCAGCAACAUCUCAAGAACCCGAUAGGCCAGCGCCAAGGGCCGCUGAAGAAGAAAGAAGCUCAAUUACACGUAAACCACCCACACCAGCUCGGGAGGCAUCCAGCGACGGAGAGUCAGAUGAAUCUCUCGGUACACUACAAAGAAAUCAACGAAAAAGUGCCGCUACAGCUCCGAAACCCGUAAACACUACCCGACGACCCUCAGCCACAGAAACCCCAACGGCUCACAGGGUCGCUGCGAGAGCCGCGAGCACAGAAUCCAGUGCUUCCACUGAGAGCUCCGGCUCGGCGGUGAAACACACAGGAAAUGAGAGAACAACACCGGCCACAACUAACGGCACUGUGGGCGGUGCGCAACGAGUCCAAAGUAGAUUUGUAGGGUCUCAGCGCCCGACGCCCGCCCCAGCACCCGCCGAGCCGGCUCAAGAAGACUCUGACACGAGUUCCGAAGAAGAAACAGAUUCUUCCGAGGAGAGCGAAGAGGAGCCUGCGCCGCAAAGAAAGCCCGAGAGCCAAGCGAUGGCCCGCAGCGACAUCGGUCCCUUACUCGCUCGCAGUAAUAACGCUCGUAACGAUGCCCAAGAUAAUAAAACGAAAGAUCCACCCGCCCAACCGCGGUACCGUACGCGACCGCAGCCAGCUGAGGAAGAAACUCCUCGCUACGGAAGUAGUUCCUCUUCAUAUAGUAACCGUUACGGUAGCAAGCCCAAAGACGAAGAGCCAACGUCAUCUCUCGACGAUGACUCCAAAUAUCCAACAGCCCGAUCGAGGUACUUGGCGUUGAAAGAGCGACGCAAUCGCUUAGCGAGAAGCAAAAGCAGUCACAGCGGCUUUGGCGCUGCUGAAGAUGAUGAUCAAGAUGAGCCAGUGUCUCCGACUACGGCCUCGCCAUCUGCCUACCUCGCGGCUCGGUACGGUUCUGGUACAGGCGGUUCAGAACUGUCCCGAAGCCGAUCCUCACACGCGUUGAAGUCCAGAGAAAGUUCCCCUGAACGACCCGUAGCGGGCGAGAAGGACGGAGCGGCUUUGAGCUCGUGGGCGCGCUAUUUGAAGAGCAAGUACGGCUCGCGUGGCAAAGAUCGAGAUACUAGCGGGUCGUCAUCUAGCGCGUCACGACGCCUGUCUCUCGGGCUACCUUUGAGAUCAGCCAAUGAGCUUGCCAGUUCUGAUGACGAUUCAAAAAACGCGGCAGGCUCCCCCAUCUCCCCUACGGCGGCUACAGCAGCGGUAGCAGGUUUCGCAGCAGCCGGUUCCUCCCCUAGGAGCCAGUAUCUGCAGAAGCGCCGUUUACAAUUCAGUUUGGGGAGUCGGGGGAGCGAACCUGGUUACUUCACCUGGCCACGUGGCAUCGCUGUGGGUCCCGACAACACCAUGGUCGUAGCUGAUUCAUCUAAUCAUCGCGUUCAAGUGUUUGAUUCAAACGGAAUCUUCGUUAAAGAGUUCGGACAGUACGGCAGUGCAGAAGGAGAGUUCGACUGUCUAGCUGGCGUCGCUGUCAACAGGAUAGGACAGUACAUCAUUGCUGAUAGAUACAAUCACCGAAUACAGGUGUUCGAUCCUGCCGGUCGCUUCUUGAGGUCCUUCGGGAGCCAGGGUACAGGGGACGGGAAGUUCAACUACCCCUGGGGCAUCACCACGGACGCCCUCGGAUUUAUUUACGUGUGUGACAAGGAAAACCAUAGAGUACAGGUAUUCCAAUCCGAUGGAACCUUCGUGGGUAAGUUUGGUUCAUUCGGUUCCAAGCUUGGUCAACUGGAACAUCCUCAUUACAUCGCGGUGUCCAACACCAACCGCGUCCUGGUAUCAGAUUCGAACAACCAUAGGAUCCAGGUCUUCGAUGUCAAUGGAAGGGUUCUAUCUUCGUUUGGAGAAGAAGGAUCGGAAGAUGGACAGUUCAAGUUCCCUAGGGGUGUCGCAGUCGAUGAUCAAGGUUACAUCGUCGUAGCAGACUCCGGCAACAAUCGUAUCCAGAUCUUCCACCCGGAUGGCGGCUUCUUGCGCGCCUUCGGUUCUUGGGGCUCCAGCGAUGGGUACAAGUUUUUUGAGGUGAUCUACAACUUCAAACACACCGACCCAAUACUUCGCUGA